AUUAAAAAAAACAACAACAACAAAAAAAAAAACCAGGGGAAAAAAAAGAAAAGAAAGAAAUAAAAACGGCGCCAGCUGCAGCAAUCGUCAUAAAGACUGUUGUAUUGCCCAUCACAGCUGAAUAUUUCAGUAACCAUGUCUUCAGUUCAGCACCUGAGGGAGUUUAUCAGGGAGCGACUAACUGCUGCUGCUCAAGAAAUCUUCACAGAGGUUGAAAAAACCAUUGUCCGUUAUGAGGAAGAGCUCGAUGCUCAGCGCAGAAUAAUGGGGAUUAACUUGCAGCAACAAAUAAAGCUCAACAGAAUCGGUUCGGAGCUGCAAACCUCUGACCUCCAACAGCCACAAUUCUCCAUUGAGGAGAAAACCUUUGCCAUCCAACAGGUUUGUAACCAGGGGAGGACGUCCAGUCCUGACCAGGAGGAAUUAGGACAUCAAUGUACCGGAGAACUAAGGGAACCACGACUUCCUUGUAUUAAAGAGGAAGAUGAGGACCCCAAAUCACCACUGACUGAUGAACAGGACAUUCAAGGAAAUAACUGGAUUAAGGAAGAGGAGGAAUCAGAACCUCAACUGAUAAUUGUAGAAAAGAAGGAACCAGAUUAUUCAGUGCUUCAACAUGAGCAGCAUGGACCAGAACAUUUUCCAACCAGGCAGAACCAGAAUGACCUAUGCAGCAGUCAGGAGGGACAACAUCUUGUCCAAAAGCUGUUUGUUACUUUGAUGGAUUCUUCUACUCUUCAGAAAAAUGGCAUGUGUGAUGGAGGACCACAAACUGAGCAGCUCUCCUUUCAGAUAUUUCCUGUAGUUGAGAACAAAGACAAGGAAGGAAGCAGCUCCACUGUUUCAGAGAGUCAUUCUCAUAAUGAGGCACAGGCACAGUUUUACAGAACCCACACAUGUAGGAAGCCUUUUUUAUGUGAAACGUGUGGAAAAAGUUUCACUCGAGUAGAUCAUCUAAAUUUUCACAAGAAAAUUCAUACAGGUGAGAAGCCUUUUUCAUGUGAAACAUGUGAAAAACGUUUCUCUCGAAUUAGUCACUUAAGGCUUCACAAGAAAAUUCAUACAGGUGAUAGGCCUUUUUUUUGUGACACAUGUGGAAAAUCUUUUAUUCAGAGUUCGGACUUAAAUGUCCACAGACGAAUCCACACAAAUGAGAGGCCGUUCUCUUGUCAGACAUGUGGAAAAAGUUUCACUCGAAAAAGUAAUUUGAAUGUUCACAGGAAAACUCACACACAACAAAAAAGUUUUUCAUGUCAGACGUGCGGACAACUUUUUCUCCGUCCUGGUAAUCUGAUUUCCCACAUGAAACUAAAACAUAACAGUGAGAGGGAGACAUUUGACUCUCACACACAGUUAACAUUAUAAAUAUUUAAACUUUUCUUUGCAGUUUUCAAUUUGCGAAAAUGAAAAUGAAGUAAUUUUGGGACGUUUCUGAAUAGGGCCCCAGAAGUUCAGCUAAAUAGCCAAUCGUUUGUGGUUGUUUGUUGUUGUGGUUUUAUCGGAACCUGGUUUAGUCUUCUGCUUUUCUGGGUUAAUUUUUUGUUUGUAGCCAUGAUUAUUUCGUUAUAAACCAGUGUGUUUUAGUUUGUUUAGGUUGAGAGGCUUCUGCUAUCUGGUGUCAUUAGUUUAUUUUCAAAAACAUUGUUUUGUUAGAGUUUAGACUGCUUUUUGUUCAGAGUUAAAUUGUAGGUUCUCACACGUUAGUUUGGUAUUCCUACAUACUACAUAUUUUGCAAGUUAAGGAAGAGAACUUUAAUUUUUUGCUAAUUUAGCCCUCCAUGUUAUUUUGCCAGUUGAAGAAUAUUGUAUCAUUGUGGAGUUGUAGUAAUUUUUUGAUCAUUUAUUUGAAUCUGUAUACUGGACUAGGAAGGGAAAUAUUUUUUUUUUCACCAGCUGCCACUGCUAAAGAGUAACAGUGAAAUAAUGGGUUCAUCAGAACUUUUUUUUGCCAG